AUGUCGUCGUCGUCGUUAGCAAUAGUACCUAAUAUUGCUGAAGCUAGUCUUCGGAAUAUAGUUGAACAAAAAAGUCUUAAAUGGAUAUUUGUUGGAGGAAAAGGUGGUGUUGGAAAAACAACAUGCAGUUGUAGUUUAGCUUCACUUUUAUCUAAAGUACGAGAAACAGUUUUAAUAUUAAGUACUGAUCCAGCUCAUAAUAUAUCCGAUGCAUUUAACCAAAAAUUUACAAAAAAACCAACGAGAGUUAAUGGAUAUGAAAAUCUUUAUGCAAUGGAAAUCGAUCCAUCAGGUGGAAUUAGUGAAUUACCUGAUGAUAAUGAAGAAAGUGAAUUAUGGACAGUUGGUCGUUCAAUGUUUCAAGAUAUGCUUUCUUCAUUUCCGGGUAUUGAUGAAGCUGUUAGCUUUUCAGAAGUUAUGAAAUUAGUUAAAAAUAUGAAUUUUAGUGUUGUUGUAUUUGACACAGCACCAACAGGUCAUACAUUACGUUUACUUUCAUUUCCUUCAGCUAUUGAAAAAGGUCUUGAUAAAAUUUUAAGACUUAAAAAUCAAGUUGGACCUAUUCUCACACAGAUUUCAUCAAUGUUCGGAAUGGAUAAUAUGAUAUCAGAAUUAAUGUCGAAUAAAUUAGAAGAAACUUUAGCUGUUAUUCGUCAAGUUAUGGAACAAUUUCAAGAUCCGAAUUUAACAACAUUUAUUUGUGUAUGUAUACCAGAAUUUUUAUCAUUAUAUGAAACAGAAAGAUUAGUUCAAGAAUUAGCUAAAUGUCAUAUUGAUACUCAUUCAAUAAUUGUUAAUCAAGUUUUAUUUCAAACACCAGGAGAAAAUCCAAAUUCAUGUAGACGAUGUGCAUCAAGAAUGCGUCUUCAACAUAAAUAUAUUGAACAGAUUGAUGAUCUUUAUGAAGAUUUUAAUGUUAUUAAAUUACCUUUACUUGAUGAUGAAGUUCGAGGAACAACAAAUAUUAAUUUAUUUUCUCAACAUCUUAUUAAACAAUAUAAACCAUAA